AUGGAACCUAGCGAUGCAGGGCGAGGAGGAUGGAAGUCCAAGCCUAUCCAGCCACAGAAAAACAAGAUGAACAUGAAUAUUCUACGUCAAGAGAAGCUGAUAGCUCAGAAGAAGAAGGAGAUUGAGGCCAGAAUGGCAGAGCAAGCAAAACUGAAUCUGCAAACCCAGAGCAAGCCCCUGCCUCCAAGUUAUCCCAUUCUUCAAGGAGGUACCUCAAACAAGUUUGUAAAUGAUGGAAGCUUCUUACAGCAGUUCAUGAGGUUGCAGAAAGAGAAGUCCAACAAUGUGUCUGGUUCCACCAGUGAAACAAAAAGUCCCACAACCUCUACUUCAUCACCAGGAGGAAACACACUGCAGAAAAAGAGCAUUCUUGUCGGCAAGCGGCCUGGCCUUGGAGUCAGUAGCAUGCUUAGUCAGUUCAAGAAUUACUCGCACUCCAAGAAGAGUCCUGUUCUCAGCCAGAGGCCAAGUGUGUUUUGUUCGCCAGAUGACGACGACGACGAGGAAGAAGAAUCUGACUACUCCGGAUUCUUAGAAAUGAAAGUUUCUCCCCCAGAGGACUCAGACACCAGACUCAUUAUCGACAAGAUGGCCUCUUUUGUGGCCGAGGGAGGAGCAGCACUGGAGAGAAAGGCCAAGGAAGACUACAAGGACAAUCCUGUUUUCUCAUUUUUAUAUGAUAAGAGCAGCAUGGAGUAUCUCUACUUCAAAAACAGAGUUGCUGUUUUGAGAAAGGAUUUGCUGAGACCUGAGAAUACGAAGGAUAAUGUCUCCCCCCCAGUGGACGCGGAAACCCAGCAGGUUGUUGAGAACCUGGCCAGGUUUGUGGCAGAGGGUGGCCCCGAGGUGGAAGCCAUGGCUGCUGUGCGUAACCGAGACAACCCUGCCUUCAGUUUUUUAUAUGAACAUCAAAGUCCAGUCCACCGCUUCUACAAAGAGAAAAUACAGGAGUACCGUGCGGCAGCCUCCCAGAGCUUUUCACCUCCAGCAGCAGAGUUGAGAACAGACCCUCCGCGACCAGCUGCUCCGCCAUUAUCAGCAACCCCUCCAUCGCUAAACCCCACUUCCCUACCCCAAAUUCAGGAGGCAGAAACUCCGCCCGUCAAACGGAAGAGAAAGAGUAGAUGGGGGUCGGAGGAUGACAAAGUCGAGUUGCCCAUUCCUCCCAUCAUGGUUCCUCAGGAGGUUAAUGUUCCAGAUCCUAACGCACCGUGUCUCUCUGCCCAGGAUUUGAGAGGUCUUGGUUAUAAGAAAGGGAAGCCUCUUGGUCUGGUAGGAGUGACAGAACUAUCUGAGGACCAGAAGAAACAAAUCAAAGAACAACAGGAGAUGCAAGAGAUGUAUGAAAUGAUCAUGAAGCACAAGCGUGCAAUGGCAGAGAUGCAGGUGAUGUGGGAGAAGGCCAUUAGAGACCACCAACACGAAUAUGACAGUGAUGAAGAAGUCGACCAGCAGGCAGGAACCUGGGAGCAUCGUCUCCGGCAGAUGGAAAUGGAGAAGACCCGGGAGUGGGCAGAAUCUCUGACAGAAAUGGGUAAAGGGAAACAUUUUAUCGGUGACUUCCUGCCCCCUGAGGAGCUGGAUAAGUUCAUGGAAACCUUCAAGGCACUCAAGGAGGGCCGCGACCCAGACUACUCAGAAUACAAAGAGUUUAAGUUGACGGUGGAAAAUCUCGGUUUCCGAAUGCUUAUGAAGAUGGGCUGGAAGGAAGGUGAAGGCCUGGGCAGUGACGGACAGGGCAUCAAGGCUCCUGUCAACAAGGGAACUACCGCCAUGAACGGUGCGGGGUUCGGAGUUGACCGUCCGGCUGAGCUCACCAAAAAUGACGAUGAGUACGAUGCUUAUAGAAAAAGGAUGAUGCUUGCUUACCGCUUCCGGCCAAACCCGCUGAAUAAUCCUCGGAGACCUUAUUACUGAUGUAGAGGACUGUUUUUGUUUUUUUAUUUGUUCCUGUUUAUCACAACUUAAAACCUGUUUUCUGCAGCUGCCCCUGCUCUGUUUAGUUGUUAAAUAGACCGUGGCACAGUAGAAAUAAAAAAAUUUGAAGUUUGUGAAAAGUAGAAAAAUGAGUAGAUUCUCCAUUACAUUUGAGGCUUAAUUUGGGUAAAAGCAAUGUUGUUUUUACAUUUCAAUUUAAUACUGUAACUGUAACUUAAAAUAUAUGGACUGAACAUCGCCUGCCUUCCAGAGUGAUUUCACUCUUCAGUUUGUGUGACCGUUUUGUUCUAAUUCAGAGCUUGAUUCAACGCUUCAUUCCCAACUAUAUAAUACAGUACUGUAUUAGCAUACAAUCUUCUGUAUAUUUUUUGCAUUGGGUAAUUUUCCUCACUGCACUAUAACUAAUUUUUGAUUCAUGUCAUCAUAUUCUUCAGUGUUCACAAUAAAAAAUAAAAAAAACAAUCGCCACUUA